AUGGCGGCGCCCGACCUGUCGACCAACCUGCAGGAGGAGGCGACGUGCGCCAUCUGCCUGGACUACUUCACCGACCCGGUGAUGACGGACUGCGGCCACAACUUCUGCCGCGACUGCAUCCGGCGCUGCUGGGGCCAGCCCGACGGCCCGUACGCCUGCCCCGAGUGCCGCGAGCCGUCGGCGCAGCGCAACCUGCGGCCCAACCGGCCGCUCGCCAAGAUGGCCGAGAUGGCGCGCCGCCUGCGCCCGCCGUCGCCCGUGCCGCAGGGCGUGUGCGCCGCGCACCGCGAGCCCCUGGCCGCCUUCUGCGCCGACCACCUCAGCCUGCUCUGCGCCGCCUGCGAGCGCGCCGGCGGCCACUGGGGGCACCGCGUCCGGCCGCUGCAGGAGGCGGCCGACGAGCUGCAGGGGACGCUGCAGAAAUCCCUGGAGCACCUGCGGAAGCAAAUGGAAGAUGCCCUUGUCUUCCAGGCCCAGGCCGAGGAGACACUGACCUUGUGGCAGAAGAUGAUCGAGAGCCAGCGGCAGAAUGUGGCCGGCGAGUUCGAGCGUCUGCGCCGCCUGCUGGAAGAGGACGAGCGACGGCUGCUGCAGGCGCUGGAAGCUGAGGAGCUGGAGGCGCUGCCCCCGCUGCGGGAGAGUGUGGCCCGCCUGGGCCAGCAGAGCACACAGCUGGCUCAGCUCAUCGGGGAGCUGGAGGGGCGCUGCCAGCUGCCAGCCCUGGGCCUGCUGCAGGACGUGAGGGACACGCUGUGCAGGGUCCAAGAUCUUAAGCUGCAGCCGCCGGAGGUGGUGCCCAUGGAGAUGCGAACGGUGUGCCGAGUCCCAGGACUGCUCGAGGCCCUGCGCAGGUUCCGAGGAGACGUGACCCUGGACGCAGACACCGCCAACCCUGAGCUGGUCCUCUCGGAGGACGGAAGGAGUGUGCGGCGGGGGACCCUGCGGCAGGCGCUGCCCGACAGCCCGGAGCGCUUCGACCCUGGGCCCUGCGUGCUGGGCCGCGAGCCCCUGAGCUCAGGCCGGCACUACUGGGAAGUGGAGGUGGGCGAGCGCGCCAGCUGGGCCCUGGGCGUGUGCAGGGAGAAUGUCAAUCGCAAGGAGAAAGGCGAGCUGUUCGCGGGCAACGGCUUCUGGGUGCUGGCCUUCCUGGGCAGCCACUACGACUCCUCAGAGCCGGCCUUCACUCCGCUCAGAGACCCACCGCGGCGCGUGGGCGUCUUUCUGGACUACGAGGCGGGACACUUGUCCUUCUACAGCGUGACUGACGGUUCCCUGCUCUACGCCUUCCCCGAGACGCCCUUCUCAGGGACACUUCGGCCUCUCUUCUCCCCUCUGUCCAGCAGCCCCACCCCCAUGACCAUCUGCACACCCAAGGGCGGGCCUGCGGACAGCCUGGUCGCUCCGUGAGGCCUGGGCCGGGCGAGUGGGCUUCUCGCUCAUCUGCGUCGUGGUUCUGGUCAGUUGCCUGGGGGCCCCAACCCAGGGCCCAGUGACAACCUGGCUCCCCGGAGGCUGCGUGCAUGGCUGCGUCUGAAUGCAGGGCUGCGAAGACUCAGUUCCCGGGGCACAGUCCACACCUGAGGCCUCGGCUGCUUUGCUCCUAGAGCCUUACCAGCCUGUUUCCGGUCUGGUGGCUUGAGGCGGCUCCUGAGGUGGUCUUGGAAAGGCCAGAGGCAGUCCAGGGGCUGUGGAAAAACUUGUGGAAUGAAGGAGACGAUGACCAGGACCCAGCACAGGGUGGGGGUGAAUGCCAACAUGCCAGGCUCCAGUCGGGUGGGUCGAGAGGUGUUUGUUCCCUUGGAGCUUGGAUACAUCCUUUCUUUACACGUCCCCGCCCUGUCCCUGUCCUCCCCACCCCACCUCCGGUUUCCUGAGCACAGCUCUCCCAGUGAAUAAACGU